AUGAGGAAAACGGUUGACAAACACCGAGGAUGGCAUGAUAUGUGGCCAUAUGCUUUAUUGGGUUAUCGAACGACUGUCAGAACAUCGACUGGAGCUACUCUCAAAUGGAUUGAUCAACUAACUUUGAUUGAUGAGAAUAGAAUGGUUGCUGUCUUUCAUGGUCAGUUGUAUAGACAGAGAAUGAUUCGUGCCUUUCACAAGAGAGUAAGAGCUAGAAUUUUUGAAGCUGGUCAGUUUGUUCUUAAGCGUAUUUUUUCUCAUCAAGACGAGUACAAAGGAAAGUUUGCACUGAACCGGCAAGGUCCUUACAUGGUUCGUAAAGUAUUAUCUGGAGGUGCCUUUGUCCUGUCGGAGAUGGAUGACACCGUAUGGCCGAAACCGAUCAACUCAGAUGCCGUCAAGAGAUACUACGUGUGA